UUUUCUGCCUCUGAUCUAGAGGCACAGCUUAUACAGGCACAGUGAUUCUGAGUAACCAGGGAAGACGCAGCUGAACCAAAGCUGGAGGGUGUUUAACAUAGUCCUGUAGGAGGAGAAAAGGGCACACUUCUUCAAAAUGUCUACACAUAACAAGGCCAAAAUUUUCUUAAUUUCUUUGAGUAUGGCCACUUUUGUGGUUAUGGUGGUGUUGAAUGGUGGAGCAGGUUCUGGAGCAUUCAAAGGUAUAUUCCAGAGAACUGUUGGAAACAUCUCCAACAAGUACAACACCGACUUGACCCCAGCUGGCUGGACCUUUUUAAUUUGGAAUGUCAUCUAUUUGUGGCAGUUAGCAUGGCUCGGAUAUGCCCUAUCUGGAAUCUGCAGAAGGAAUGAACUUGGAUGGUUCUACGUGAAACCAGAUGUCCUGCCAACUCCAUUUUACUUGGUAUGGAUCCUGAAUAAUAUCUUGAAUGUCGGAUGGCUCUUUCUGUGGGACAAUGAAUGUCUCAGCCCUGCCCUGCUUGUCCUCACAAUGCUCACAGGUUCCAAUUAUAUGAUUCUCUUCUUGGCUUGUCGAGGUCUCUAUUCCCAUAGAACUUGGCUCCAGAGUCACCACAGGAUGGACCUAUGGCUCUUCUGCAUUCUGGUGCAGAAUGGAAUUUCGCUUUAUGCUACAUGGACCACAGUGGCAAUACUAUUGAACUUUGCAGUUGUAUUGAUAUAUACUGUAGGGGUGGCCAACCAAACUUCCACUACUGUGGCUCUGUCUAUUCUUCUUCUUCUACUGGUACUUUGGUUUUACCUAGAAAACUUCCUCCUGGAUAAGCAUGUCCGUUACAUCCUCACUGUGUACCCGGUGGUCAUGGUUGCAUUGUCUGGCAAUAUUGCUCAGCACUAUAAUACAACUGCUCCUAGUGGAAACAACGUCUUUGCAGUUGUCCUGAUGAUUGUGACAAGUGUGAUGUUUUUGGUUCGGCUUGGCUUAGUUACCUACAGGCACCGUUACCAGCCACUUCCAAUGAGUGAGUCGCUGUUCACAGGGGCAGGAAGAAGAGGAAGGAACCUCAAAGAUGUUGAAGAUGAUCUCAGGAAAGGAAGUUACAGAACUCAGGAGAUGGAGGAAGAACACCUUGCUAUGAGGUCAUUCUGAUUGUGGAGAAGACACUAAGGAUGAUUGCCUUAAAGCCACAGGAAAAGGAAAUAUGAAUGAAUGAAAUCAAUUUAUUCAACCUUUACUAUGCAUUAACUACUAUGCUAAGCAUUGGGCAUACAAAUACAGAAGAGAGACUUAUCUUUGUCCUCAUAUAACUUUUAAGGUGAAAACAAAGCAUACAAAAGAGUAGUGGCCAGGGAAGAAUGUUUUAGCCUAAGAAAUUGAAGAAAUGACAUACAAAGCCAUAGAGAGGAAUCAAAUGACAUACUCUUUAAAAAUCAAUUUUAUUUUUCAAUAAACAGGCUCUUUUCUAUUUCCCCAAUUAAAAAAAAGAAAACUUUUGUGCCAAAUAUACAUUGUCAGGCAAAAUAAACUCCCAAAUUAUCCACAUUAAAAAUGUAGGUUUCUUUCUGCAUCUUGAAUCUAUCACAUCUUUAUUUUUUUAAUUUUGCCAUGGUUAUGUGAUUUGUGCUCUUUCCCUCCCCUCCUUCCCAUCCCUCCCCCAUAUUUGACGCUCAGUUCCACUGGAUUUUACAUGUAUCACAUCUUUGUCAGUAGGUGGGUAACACAACUCCAUAUUAGACCUUUGGAAUCAUGGCUAUUUAUUGCAUUGAUCAGUCUAUAAUUUUUUUCAAAGUUGUUUGUGUUUAUGAUGUUAUUGUAAAACAUAUUUUCUUAGUUUUGCUUACUUUUUUCUGUCAUGUUAUAUAAAUCUUCCCAGAUUUUUUGAAAACCAUCCUUUUUGUCAUUUUUAUAGCACAAUAGUAUUUUUAUUGCAUUCAUAUGUGAUAAUUUAUAAAGCUAUUUCCCAAUAUAUAAGUACUCCUUCAGUUUUUAGUUCUUUGAUAGUCCCAAAAGGGCUGCUAUAAACAUAUAUUUUUUUA